AAACACUUCACGAAUUUCCCACAACAUUGUUGCUUUUGCAUAGGAACGUUUGCGGGUUUUUGGUUCAUUUUUUGUGUGUUUUUCCCGGCAUUUUCCACGGAAAAUGCAGCAAACAGAAUCACUAAAUAUUGAUCUUGAAGUUGAUGAAGAAGAUGUUCCAUUUGAGGAGGAAAUCUUGCGAAAUGCGUACUCCGUGAAGCACUGGCUGAGGUAUAUUGAUCACAAGAAGAAAGCUCCACGGUAUGGGGUUAAUAUUGUCUAUGAGAGAGCUCUAAAGGAGCUUCCGGGCUCAUAUAAAAUCUGGUACAAUUACCUGAAGACACGCCGAAAGCAGGUUCGGGGGCGCUGUAUUACGGAUGCUGUUUUUGAGGAGGUUAACAAUGCCUUUGAACGUUCCCUGGUGUUUAUGCACAAAAUGCCACGAAUUUGGAUGGAUUAUUGCACAUUUAUGACGAUGCAGUGCAAAAUAACGCGUACACGGCAGAUCUUCGAUAGAGCCCUUAGGGCACUACCAAUUACCCAGCAUCAUCGUAUUUGGCCACUCUACCUGGAUUUUCUGCAGAGCUUCAAUAUCCCCGAGACAGCUGUAAGGGUGUAUCGGCGGUAUCUCAAACUAUUUCCGGAGAAUGCUGAGGAGUACAUUGAGUACCUCACAAGUGUGGAUCGUCUGGAUGAGGCAGCGCAACAGUUGGCGAGUGUUGUGGAUAAUGAGAAUUUUGUGUCAAAGCAUGGGAAAUCAAAUCAUCAGCUGUGGAAUGAACUGUGUGAGCUUAUAAGUAAGAAUCCGGACAAGGUGCAUUCCCUGAAUGUUGAUGCAAUCAUUCGGGGUGGGUUGAGGCGCUACACAGACCAAUUGGGGCACCUAUGGAAUUCCCUGGCUGACUACUACGUCCGUAGUGGGCUGUUUGAACGUGCCAGAGACAUCUACGAAGAAGCAAUUCAGACAGUUACCACUGUGAGGGAUUUUUCGCAGGUUUUCGAUGCAUAUGCCCAAUUUGAGGAGCUGAAUCUCAAGAAAUGGAUGGAGGAGGCUUCGGAAAAUCCCUCAGAGGACACCGAUGUGAACAUUGAGAUUCGUUUUGCACGAUUUGAGUAUCUCAUGGAGAGGCGUCUGUUGCUCCUGAAUAGUGUGUUGUUGCGUCAGAAUCCCCACAAUGUCCCCGAAUGGCAUAAACGGGUGAAAUUAUUCGAGGGGAAACCCACGGAGAUUAUCAAAACCUUCACGGAGGCCGUGCAGACAGUUCAGCCACGCCUGGCUGUGGGGAAGAUUCACACACUCUGGGUGGAAUUUGCGAAAUUCUACGAAGCCAAUGGGCAGAUUGAGGAUGCGCGUGUGGUGAUGGAGAAAGCCACGCAGGUGGACUAUGUCAAAGUGGAUGAUUUGGCGUCGGUGUGGUGCGAAUGGGCUGAAAUGGAGAUUCGUCAGGAGAACUUUGAUGAAGCUCUCGCCAUCAUGCAUCGUGCCACGGCUAUGCCGAAGAAACGUGCUGCGUACCACGAUGAGAAGGAACCCGUGCAGAUGCGCGUGUACAAAUCCCUCAAAGUUUGGUCAAUGUACGCCGAUCUCGAGGAAUCCUUUGGCACCUACAAAUCCUGCAAGGCGGUCUACGAUAGAAUCAUUGAUUUGCGAAUUUGUACGCCGCAAAUUAUCAUUAAUUUUGGGAUGUUCCUGGAGGAGCACAACUACUUCGAGGAAGCCUUCAGGGCAUAUGAGAAAGGUAUUGCCCUAUUUAAAUGGCCCUACGUGUAUGACAUCUGGAACACGUACCUAACGAAAUUCCUCCAGCGCUACGAUGGGAGUAAAUUGGAACGUGCACGAGAUCUCUUUGAGCAAUGCUUGGAGUUUUGUCCGCCGGAAUUCGCCAAGUGCUUCUACCUGCUCUAUGCGAAGCUCGAGGAGGAGCAUGGGCUAGCGAGGAAUGCCAUGGCGGUGUAUGAACGUGGAACUGGUGGUGUGGAAGCAUCUGAGCAGGCGGCUAUGUUUAAUAUCUACAUCAAGAAGGCGGCUGAAAUUUACGGACUCCCCCGGACGAGGCAGAUCUACGAGAAGGCAAUUGAGGUGUUGCCGGAGGAGAGUGCCCGGGAGAUGUGUCAGCGUUUUGCGGAGAUGGAAACGAAGCUGGGUGAAGUGGAUAGAGCACGAGCAAUCUAUGCGCAUUGCAGUCAAAUGUGUGAUCCACGUGUCACGAUGGACUUUUGGAAUGCCUGGAAGGAGUUUGAGGUACGUCAUGGCAAUGAGGACACAAUGAGAGAGAUGUUGCGUAUCCGACGCUCCGUGCAGGCCACUUACAACACACAGGUGAAUAUGAUGGCUGCUCAGAUGACCAGCUCAGCUGUAGGGGGCACAGUGGCGGACUUGGCACCGGGUGCAAAGGACGGUAUGCGUAUGCUGGAGGCGAAGGCCAUUGAGAUGAAUGCUGAGGGAGCAAAAAGCAAUGGCGUGUCGACGGCAGCUGGUAGCAAUAUUAUGUUCGUGCGCGGUGAGACGCAAGGGUUGCCACAGGGUGAGAAGGUGGUUAAUCCCGAUGAGAUAGACAUUGGGGAGGAGAGCGAGGAGGAGGAAGAGGGCGAUGAAGAUGGGGAGGAGGUUAAUAUUCCAAUUCAGCAGAAAUCAAUUCCAGCCAAAGUGUUUGGUGGGCUCAAAAAGGACGACGAAGAGGAGGAAGAGAACUGAAUUUGUGUAUGUUGAGUGUUUCAAAUAAAAUUCUUCCUUUUUUGCAA